GGUAAACCCCGCCCACAAUGACAAUACGCUACAGUGAAGCAGUGACUGGAUUCUUGAGCGCACAAAUAGUUUCAGCCAAAACAAAGCCGGUAGCAGGAGCAUCCACCGAAUUUUCCUGCGAAAGAUGUUUCUGUAUGUUCUCCUGUGCUGUGUUGGGGUCGUGCACUGUUACGGUAACGGACGUGUCGGUGCUGUUUGUGGAUCUAUGACGCCUGGUCACGGGUCUAACAUCGCUCAGUCCAGCUCUGCUCCGUUCACCGUCACUGCUGACAAGACCACCUUUAAAGAGGGAGAUCAAAUCACAGUAUCGCUAAACAACCAAUCAGCAGAUCAAUUUAAAGGGUUUAUGUUACAAGCACGUCAAGUCGGAUCAUCUACUCCCAUCGGCACUUUUAAUGUGACGGACAUUAAUGUGCAGUUCCUCUCCUGCGAUGGAGUGGCUAAUAGUUCCGUCUCUCACACAUCAAACCGUAAUAAAAGUUCAAUUGAAGCUAAAUGGACGGCCCCUACAUCUGGACAGCUCGGUGAUAUAGAAUUCAGAGCAACAUUUGUAAAAAAUUUUACUACCUUUUGGGUUGGUGUCAAGAGCUCUGCUGUGGUAUAUACAGGAACUCCUGCAACUGCAGCUCCGACUGUUUCAUCAAAUCCUGAUUGUGGGAAAACCAAAGUCUGCUUCAGUCAGCCCAGCAGCUGUGACCCAACUGCCAACACAGCCUGCUACUUCAUGGCAGUUCAGACAUCAUCUAACCAAUCAGAAAUGAGGAUUGAAAUGUUUGGGCAAGCUGAUGGAUACGUUGCUAUUGGGUUUUCAGAUGACAAGGAAAUGGGCAAUGACGACAUCUACAUCUGUGGUAAGGACAGCAGCGGCAACCUCCAAGUGCAACAUGCUAUUUCCACAGGAAAAACAGCUCCAACUAUUCUCUCACUGGGGAAUGUGACUGAUAUCAGGACAACGCUGAUGAAUGGAAAUACUAUCAAUUGUUCUUUUACAUCCCGUAAUGUCAUUAGCACAGGAAGUAGAGCAACGUCUACUAGCGAGUACUACCUCAUGAUUGCUGCCGGACCCUCCAGCAGUCAAGGUAAUAUCCAGAUCCACACAAAUAAAUAUGUCAGUAGUACCAAGGCUAAUUUACAGGAUCCAAGCCAGGUCGUUACAAGUGCUGAAGAAUUCCCAGCGAUUGUUAAAGCACACGGUUGCCUGAUGUUAAUCUCCUGGAUGACCACGGGCAGUAUAGGGAUGCUCAUAGCACGCUAUUUAAAGGGAGUUGCCAAGGACCACGGUUGCUGCUGUAAAGAUUUCUGGUUUAUGGCCCACGUGUCUCUGAUGGCCCUGUCAGUCACUGCCACAGCCAUCGCAUUCAUACUGGUGUUUUCUUAUGCUCGGGAUUGGAGUGGGGGGGCUCAUCCGGUCCUGGGCUGUUUGGUGAUGAUCCUCAGUCUUAUUCAGCCCAUAGUUGCUGCUUUCCGCUGUGAGCCAAAUCACGAACGGAGGUUUAUUUUUAACUGGGCCCAUUCCUUCAUUGCUUUAGCUAUCAAAGGCCUCGCAGUUGCUGCAAUUUUCACUGGUCUGGCACUGUUUGAAGAAUAUAAGGAGGAUGGAUGGAUGUUAAAAGUUAUGGGAGGUUUUGUUACCUGGGAGGCCCUGACAUACAUUCUUCAAGAUCUUAACCUGCGUGCCAAGAAAAAGGAUUCUGAGAUUUGCAAUUUUGGAUCGAUGAGACCUGAAACAGUCCUGCUUGUCCUGUAUUUAUUGGGAAACCUGGCCUUCUUAAUAGCACUUCUUGUUGGAAUAGGCAGACUAUUCAAGGGAUGAGAUCAAUUCUUCAACUGAAAUUUAUUCAUACAUUUUAUAGAUUAAUAAACAGACCAUUUUGUUUACCUUUUUGGAUUAUUAAUUGCUGAAUUGGAUGCCCUAAAAUGUAGCCUACUGCUAAAUGGUAAUUAAACUGAAUGGCUAAACUAGUUAAACUGGACUAAUACAUUGGUAUUAAGUAUAAUGGAAUACAGAAAAAAAAAAAAAAAAGUUUAUAAGCUUUUAUGAAAGAUUACAAAAACAUGAAUUUCUUUUACUAAAACAUGUACAGAUGAAUUGUUUGCAUUAAGACCAGGAAUGUGUUGUAAUCAGUAAACCCAUUCAAUUUUCAACAGUAUUCCCAAUUUAUGCCUUCACAUUAGACAAAGAAGUGAAAGCAAACUCCUAGCUACAGUAUAUGGGUUAAUGUCCACAAUGCAGCCUUGAGCACUCCUCAUUCAGGACCUCACUGAAACACUCUGGUGUUGAUUUAGCAGCUUGUGUGAAGUCAGUUGGUUGGCUUUCAUCUUUUACAGUGUUGUGCCUCGUGGUUCUUGCUGUUUCAGCACAGGCCUCCUGGUGUUCGGCUGGUAAAAGUGGAGGGCAGUCGUGGCAGAACAGAGGAAGCAGACAGGAAAAAAGUGCAAUACUAGGACUCUGCUGUGUGCCCCAAUUCACAGGCCAACUGUGUCGGGGUCAGCGGCCUUCCUUUCAACUUGCUUUGAAUCAGAGGAGUCACAACCAUAAUAUAUCAGACUGUUCACCUUCUCUGUGUUUCAAAAUGGGCAUUUUAUGUUAUUUAUUGUAUGUUUCAUCCAAAUCAAGAAGUUAUAUUUUUGGCUCCUGAAUUAUUGUGUUAGUUUAAGAUUUGAUAGUCAUUCA